CAGCGCCUCCACACUGCCUCCCUCUGCUCAACUGCAAUGCUUCGCUUACGUCUCGCCCCCCAUUGGUGCCCCCAUUCGCUCUUCGAUCAAACUUCUCACGUCUUGCCUCACCCGCGGAAGCUGCGAGGAGUGAGGAAGGACCCCAUGUAUGCGUCAGCUCCAUCCCUUUUUUCCCCCAAAUUUCCUGGCAGGUGUCGCAGAAGAAUACCUGGCCUUGACACGAACCCACACCCGUGUAUGCCUCAACAGAAUCUCUCCGAUGGAGUCAUACAUAUAGAGAGAUCGAUGUGAGGGCCCUGAGUGCUUCCUUCUCCUCCUCCUCCCCCACGCAAGAUGCUCAGCAGACAAUUACAAGCACUUGCACUAGCAGCAGGGCUUGCCCUUGCUGCUCCUGCUCCCGCAGAUCAACUUCUGGAGAGGCGUGCCAGCCAUGGAAUCAAGCCCUCCUUCAAUACUUCCGCUUGUCCUGGCUAUCAGCUUGUCGGCGAACCUCGAAAGGAGAAGGGCGGCUUCACUGCUACCCUCAGCCUCGCGGGCGAAGCCUGCAAUGCCUACGGUGUAGACAUCGACAACCUUACGCUUGCCGUCGUCUUCGAGAAGCCCGAGCAGCUACACGUCCAUGUGUACGACUCUGCUCGCGAACAGUACCAAUUGCCAAGCGGCGUCGUCUUCGAUCGGCCCGGCGAUGAUCCCGCCACGGACGGCAAUUCCACCGCAGAAGAGAGUCACCUCGAGUUCCAUCACACCGGCAGCAAGACUCCUUGGGCUUUCUGGGUCACUCGCAAGUCAAACGGUGACAUCAUCUUCGAUACUAGACCAGAGAAUAUUCCGACCUUCGAUACUCCGAUGGACCUCGAUGGACUGUCUGAUGGCAAGCACAACUCCACAAAGAUGCCGUCCCAUCCCAUGAUCUUCGAGAACCAGUACCUGCAGCUGUCCAGCGCCCUCCCCAAAGACGCCAACAUCUAUGGCUUGGGCGAGUACAUAAGUGGCAGUUUCAGACGCGACAACAAGGCAACACUCCAGCCCUUCUUCACCCUAGACGCUGGAGACCCCGUCGACUCUAACAUGUACGGCUAUCACCCCAGCUGGAUCGAAGUGCGCUCUGAGGACAACUCUUCCUCUAUCAAUACGCACGCCGUCUACUACCAGAACACAGCUGGUAUGGACGUCUUGCUGAGAGAGGGUGUCAUUCAAACCCGUGCGAUCGGGGGUACCCUCGAUUUUAGAUUCUUCUCUGGUGACGCUGAUUCGUCAUCCCAGUCUGACGUGACGGAGGACACUGUCGUGAGCACGAGAGCUGAGAACCAGACUGGCAAAAACAGCCCCAUGACGGCGAUCUCGCAGUACGUCUCCUUUAUAGGCACGCCGAUCAUGGUUCCGAGGUGGUCACUCGGCUUCCACCUUUGCAGGUGGGGCUAUUCGAGCGCCAAUGAGACCCUGGGCAUUGCCAAGUCCAUGAGGGAGCACGACAUACCCCUGGAGGUGCAGUGGAAUGACAUCGACUAUAUGCACCAGUUCCGUGACUGGACAACCGAUCCCCAGAACUUCUCUGCGAGCGAUUACAAGCUGCUGACAGACUAUCUGAGCAAACACCAUCAGCACUACAUCCCAAUCGUAGAUGCAGCUGUUGGCGCCAACCCACCGAACAACACCGCGCAUUACUAUCCAGCUGAGACCGGCGCGCAACUGGACACGUUCCUCAAGAAUGCCAAUGGGACCGACUACAUCGGCCAGGUGUGGCCAGGGAACGCUUACUUCCCUUCGUGGACUGCUGAUAACACCCAAGACUGGUGGACAGAGUCUCUCCGCAACUUUACACAAGUGGUAGACCUCUCCGGUGCCUGGCUUGAUAUGUCCGAGCCUUCGAGCUUCUGCGUCGGCUCCUGCGGCAGUCAGGGUAAUAUCAUUGCCGACUACAGCGUCCCUACCACAGUGUAUGGCUGGCCUGAAGGCUACGACAACGCAACCUUCGGCGACAGCGGCAACAUCACCGUAGAUGGCCAUCUGACCUACACUCAGGGGUACACGACCGUCGCCAAGAGGUCGAUGGAAGUCGAAGUGCCACCCAGCACAACCCUUGUCUCUCGCGCCGCAGAGUCUCACAAUUCCAGCGACCACUUCUACUCUGUCCCUGACUGGAGCUACGCCAAUGCAUCACAGAGGUACCUCGCCGUCCCUCCCUACGCAAUACACAAUGCAAUCUAUACCACUCCAUUCAGCCUCGUUGAUAACCUCGACCAGAAGACGGCAGCAAUGGACAGCCUGGACAAUAAGAACAAAUUCUACGACGUGCACAACCUCUUUGGAACGCUCGAGACAAAGACGACCUUCAACGCCUUCCGCGAACUCAAGCCCAAAGAGAGGCCCUUCCUCGUGGCCAGGUCCACACACCCUGGAGCAGGCAAGUACACGCACCACUGGCUAGGAGACAAUUACUCGACCUGGAGCUACUUCUGGCGCUCAAUGCAGGGCAUCCUACAGUUCCAGAUCUUUGGUAUUCCUAUGGUCGGCCCAGAUACGGUUGGCUUCAAUAGAAACGCAGGGGAAGAGCUGGCACUGAGGUGGCAGGUGGCAUCGGCGAUGCUAGCACCCUUCUACCGGAACCACAAUACCAUAAAGGCCCUCGCUCAGGAGCCUUUCCGAUGGAGCUCGACGACUAAUGCCACUCGCAUUGCCAAUUACAAGCGCAAUGAGCUCUUGGCGUACUACUACUCUGUCAUGGCUCGAGCUUCCCUCGAUGGCACCCCGGCGGUCAGGGCCUUGUGGUACGAAUUCCCCGAGACCUACGCAGACACCUCCGAUGCGCAGUCGCAGGUUCUCUUCGGACCUUCGCUGCUGGUAUCGCCCGUCUUCGAGCCCAACGUGAGCUCUGUCAAGGCAUACUUCCCCGAAGCUGGUGGCAAAUGGCGUAGCGUCUUCAGCUACGAGGCUCUCGAUGUACCUGCCAACACGAACGUCAGCAUCUCUGCUCCACUGGGGACCAUCAAUGCCCACAUCAGGCCUGGAUCGGUUAUGCUCACCCAUGCGGAGCCGAAGUACUCCACGCAGGAGUCUGCCGACGGACCCUAUGGUCUGCUCGUCAAUCUCAACAAGAAUGACGACGCAGAGGGGGACUUUUAUGUUGACGACGGCAUCUCCAUGCCGCCAACGCCUAGCCGAGAGCUGAGCUUCAAGGCCAGCAAAGGUGUGCUGAAAGGGGACUCUUCUGGAGACUAUGACAUAACGCAGAAGCUAUCGACGGCUAUCAUUCUAGGAGUCGGCUCAAGGCCUCAGAACGUGAGCUUCUCUGGUAAGACGGUAGAUUACAAGUACGAGGCGGGUAAGCAGAUGCUCAACGUGACUGGUCUGUCAGGAGAUCUGAACAAGGGUUGGACUCUGAAGUGGGCGUAAG